GGGUAGCUAUGGAGAUAGAACGUUUUCCUGGCUGCUUUCUUUGACAGGUGUUGAGUGGGGUAAAAGUCUUAAAACAGAAUCCAGCAUGUACGCCAAAGGGAAAGGAGCUGUCGUCCCCUCCGAUAGCCAAGCGAGAGAAAAGCUAGCUUUAUAUGUCUACGAGUACUUGCUGCAUGUGGGAGCCCAGAAAUCCGCACAGACCUUCCUGUCAGAGAUCCGAUGGGAGAAGAACAUCACACUGGGGGAGCCCCCGGGAUUCCUGCACUCCUGGUGGUGUGUAUUCUGGGAUCUGUACUGUGCCGCUCCGGACCGGCGGGAGACCUGCGAACAUUCCAGCGAGGCCAAGGCCUUCCACGAUUAUAGUGCGGCGGCCGCCCCCAGUCCGGUCAUGGGCAACAUGCCCCCCAACGACGGGAUGCCCGGAGGUCCCAUUCCCCCCGGCUUCUUUCAGGGCCCCCCCGGCUCACAGCAGUCGCCCCACGCACAGCCCCCCCCACACAACCCCAGCAACCCCAUGAUGGGCCCUCACGGCCAGCCCUUCAUGUCUCCACGAUACCCAGGUGGACCCCGCCCCUCGCUUCGCAUGCCAAAUCAGCCCCCUGUGGGAGUUCCCGGGUCACAGCCACUCCUGCCAAACAGCCUGGACCCCACCAGGCCGCAAGGUAUGCCCCCUGCUGGCCUGGAGAGGCACCCAAAUAUGGGCGGACCGAUGCGAAUGAACCCUCCCAGAGGCAUGGGGGGGAUGGGCCCACAGAACUACGGUGGAAUGAGGCCUCCCCCCAACUCCCUGGGUGGUCCCGGCAUGCCAGGGAUGAACAUGGGUCCUGGCGGUCGAGGUCCCUGGCCCAACCCUAACGCCAACUCAAUAGCGUACUCCUCCUCAUCUCCCGGCAACUACGUGGGUCCUCCAGGUGGGGGCGGUCCUCCAGGAACUCCCAUCAUGCCUAGCCCAGGAGACUCCACAAACUCCAGCGAGAACAUCUACACAAUGAUGAACCCCAUCGGCCCGGGAGGAAACAGACCCAACUUCCCGAUGGGUCCGGGUCCCGACGGUCCGAUGGGCGGGAUGGGCGCCAUGGAGCCGCACCAUAUGAACGGAUCGCUAGGUUCUGGUGACAUGGAUGGGUUGCCAAAGAACUCUCCUAACAACAUGGCGGGAAUGAACAACCCUCCGGGGACUCCGCGGGACGACGGGGAGAUGGCGGGAAAUUUCCUAAACCCAUUCCAAAAUGAAAGUCCCCCUGGGAUGCCCCUGGAGCGCGGGACUCACGGCAAGGCGGCCGCCCAUCCCAGGGUGUGCAAAGUGGGCGGAAACAGGAAACAGUCACAGAGCCACAGGAAGAGCCUCCUCACCGAGUCUCCCUGCCUCCCUGGCUUCCUCACGGGCCCUGGACAGUGAGGGCGGGGCCGCAGGACCCUCCCCCCCCCAAGAGCAAGGCUCCAAUCAGCAGCAGGCUGGUCGGCCUCGUUUUUUCAUCAUUCUAUAACGGAUUUUGUUUUUUAACUGCUCAUCGUGCAGUAGUUGUACGAGGUCCAUAUCCAACCUCUUUCAGUUGCUGUGCACAGUUUUUUUUUUGGUUUUUUUUGUUGUUUUUUAAAUGACACAACAGAACUCUUGUGUUGGGCUAGGACAGUUUUCAUUACUCUGUUUAUUAAUAUUAUUGUUAUUGUUAUAAUUUUUCUUUUCUUUUUUUAUCGUCGAUAAUGUUACAAUGAAUUAGUUUUCGAUUUCCUUGGAUUUUCCUGUGAAGGGCACAUUGUAUCCAAACAACAUGGACAACGGAAUAAGCACAACGACACUUCAGUUUACAUAUUUUUAGGUAUUGUUGCAGUUUUCUUUUUUUUUUUCAUCUUGUCAAAAUGUAUCCGCUUCUCACAAACCUCGCUGAUGAUGUAAGCUAGGUCCUCCAUGUCAUGUGGCCACACGCCCACCACGUUGAGACUUUAGCCAAAAGACCCGGGUAACAGCUCCACAUUCACAGCGUACACCCUGUCAGAUCUUCUCAUUCUCGUCUGUGCACAGAAAGGGCCUCUGUAAGUGUCUGUUAGUGUCUGUAAGUGUCUGUAACUGGAGCUGGCCGUCUGAAGGAUGAACGUCCUUCAGCUUCCUCUCCUUCGAAAGCCGAUUAACGAUGAACGUUGGGGGCCUUUAAGCGAACUGGCAGAUUGGCCUUGGUCUUCACAUCUCCCCCAGGAACCUUCUGCCCUCCCCCCUCCAACUCCCAGCCUAUAGUGACCCAGUCCUCCUUAUGGAAUCUCUCACAAGCAUUCAGGAGCAUAGUCAUUUAUUGUUCAGACUGAGAUAGUGUGGAGAUACUUGAUGUGAGUGCUCAACAGCUGCCAUUAUUCCAAAAAAAUAAAUGUCCAUGCACUUCCUUAAGCCUAGAACCACCUACCCAAGCCUACCCAAGCCACCGCUAGCCACCCCCCCCCCCCCAGGCUAAUGUAAAUAUAUAUAAUUUUGGUUGCUGCCAUGACUAGCAGCAAUGGACUGACUGAAUGUAGAUUUUUUCAACUGCUAUAUGGUUUCUGCUUCGACACACAGCUAUACACAUUUAAUUUAUGUCCUGAUUUAGCGUUGUGCAUACAUCUUAGAUCCUGUUAGUCUGUCGGGCAUACAUUCUGUAAAUAUACCUAUAUACCUCCUUAACAAACCCACAUCUGACUGCAGUGUUUCUGGGGGGCGAGGCGGGUGUGCCGGUGAUUUGGUGAUGUGUCCUGUUUUGUUCAUGCUUUCUCAUUUGUCCAGCUCCCAGUCCCGUUGCAACGGUGGGAGUUUUCUUUCCUGCACAUGCUCAGUUGCAGAGAAAAGGCCGUCAAUUUGGCAGGCAGUGUGACCAGGUUAAUGUCACUUACCGCGGGGUUGCAGAAAUCCGAAGGUGUUAAGGGUCCUGUAGUGGAAAGGGAAUGAGCACCCCCCCCCCCCCCAAACACACACAUUUACUGUUUUUACUGUAGUUGUGUUCCAGCCACUUGUCUCACAUUUAUAGGUACUGUUCUGAGUGUGUGAAUAGGACGACAAUAUGCAGUUGUUUCAGUUGUUUCUUAGUGCUGCUGUGUAUACGGACUGAAGUGUCAUGUGGACCCAUCAUGUGACAUGCCCCCCCCCCCCACACACACACACACACACACAUUAUUACAGAAAGAUAAGAUCACCUUCAUGAAACGUACGAGUAUUGCUUUAGUUUGUUUUGGCUCAGCUCGGCUGAGAAAUCUCCUCAUUGAACUGCCGACCCUUGCAGGUCGAUUUUUAUUUCCAAGAAAACGCAAGGCUCCACUCUGCUUGGACUGAUCAAUCUAGUGUACAAUCUUAUUUUUCAUACUGUUGUGAGGGUACAAUUGGGGGGGGGGGGGAGGAGGACCUGCACGCCAGCGGAUUGACUUGACCCCAAGCUGCCCGUCAGUUCACCCAGGAGGCCAGAUACUUGGUUGUUUACGUGUUGCUCCAGACCGUCACGCAGUAGCAACAAACCUAGCGCUUUCACCGUGGCGACCGCUUUCAUUCACCUGGUGGAAUCCUCAUGCGUAGCGAUUCAUGCAUGCGUUUCAGUCCGUCUUUCAGUGGCUGAUGUAAUGGGGCCCUGGCACCCUGUGCAGUCCUAUACCUCGUCCGGCCUUUUGGUCUCAGAGCUAACAUCCUAACAUCCUGUCCCCGUGUAAUGGCAAAUAUACUGUCAGCACUUUUGCUUGUUUUAUAGGGGUGUCCUAAUGCAAAAAAAAGAGAGAUACGUCUGUAACAGAGUGGCUAAGAGUGUGAUUGACCUUUUCACCUUUGUUUUUGUUUUUGUUUUUUUUGUUUUGUUUUUGGUCUUCUUUGGAAGAAACCCAAACGACCUUGCUGGGCCAGACGGUAAACAAUGUCCAACUCACACCCCUGCCCCUUUGCCCGGUCCCGACAGACACACCUCUCCGUCCCCGCCCAUCUCUCUGCCCAAUCCCAGCUCUCUCUCUCUCUCUCUCUCUCUCUCUCUCUCUCUCUACUUCUCCUCCUUUUAUUUUUUGUAAAUACUGUAUAAUGCAUUUUGAUAUCAUUGACAUGUUUUGAUAUGUCAGUCACUACCAAUGAAUACAAAAAAAAAAUCUGACCGUGUUUUCAUUUAAAGAGACGGUGUGCUUUGAUGUAUAAGUUCACAAUCAUAGACAUGACACAGGGACUCAAAAGGAAAAAAAAAUACAUUUAGUGUAAUGGAAUGAAAUUGAAGUUAAUUUGCUGCAUUUAGGACAUUGGUUCUUGAUGGAUGAUGAAUUUGUCCCAAAUAGAAAUAACAUGGAUAUCCUAAAUGCAUAGUGCAAGGGUUGGUAUUCGAUUUAAUAUGGGCAGAAAGUGACAGGUGAGGUUGGAUGUAAAAUUGGGGAUGACUGUGAGCCAGCUGGAGACUUCUCACCCUGGUUACGGUCGUGGUGUGUAUGAGCGACUCGUGUCAAUGGAUCACUAAGCUAGAUCCUGUACUGCAGUGAUGUCUAAUCAUGUGCCCAGGAGGGCCUAGAUUAUGCAGGAAUUCAGUCCAACCAAUCACUACAACUAAUUUCACGAGUUGGUUCCCACCUCUCUGCUUGAAGGUGUGUUAAUUGGUGAAAUCGGCAGGUGCCGUGAUUGGUUGGAAUGAAAACCUCCAUGGUGCCCGAUUGGACACAACUGUUCUACUACAUCAUCCUCACUUUGCACGUUCAUGUACCCUGGUAAUCAUAAUUAUUUUUUUUUAAGUUAGCGGAAGUGAUAUUUAUGACAUCACAUUGUGAAAAUGAAGGACAUCGUCUCUUUAAAACAACAAGGGACCACAUAUUGCAGUCUUUAAUAUGAAGGAUUUUUAUCUAUUUAAAAUAAAACUUUAAAAAGGAAAAAAAAAAAUACUUAAAAAGAAACCUCAUUUUAAAUAAAUAGAUCAAAUGUAAUAAUAAUGGGGAAAAAAUGUGCGUUUCCUUGCUAUUCUCUCCUGAAAUAGCGUUGUAUAGAUUGAUGCUCACUGAACCUCUCCCGAUCGCUAUGUAUAACAAUUGCAAUGUCGGCCAUUUCUGUAUUUCUAUUGUGAUGCUGUAUAAUACUGUAACAUUAGGAAGAAUUUUUGA